AAUUUUUAAAAUUCGAUUUAUUACAGUUUUGCAUCUGUGAAUAAGUUUCCUGCUCCGAUCUUAACGUUUGAAAGUGAAAGUAAUAAAAAAUGGCUUGGGUUGGAAGAAAAUACAAACUUGACUCAUCAGAGAACUUCGAUGAAUACAUGAAAGAGUUAGGAGUCGGACUUGUUCUUCGAAAAGUGGGCUUGUCCGUUCAUCCUACAUGUUACUUGGAACAACGUGGUGACGUAUUCCACUAUUUCAACGAAUCAACAUUCAAAAACUUCGAACUCACAUUCAAACUUGGCGAAGAGAAGGAACAGGAAACCGCCGACGGUCGCAAAGUUUUGACCACAUUCACAUUGGAUGGAAACACCCUCACCCAAGUUGAGAAAUGCCAGAAAAAUUCAGUCAUUGUCCGUGUAUUUUCCGAAACAGAAAUGGUUGCAACAUCAACCUAUGGAGAUGUCACCGCUACGCGUACAUACAAGGCAGUUUAAAAUGAGAACGAGUGACGAAAAUGCAUAGAAAGCUUGAAAAAUCAAAUGUGAUUACCGUGUAAUAAAGAUGGAUGGAAGGGAGAGAAGAGA